AUGGACAUGAUGACGGACCGCCUGGUAUCGGGCGCCGCGCGCCGGCCGCUGCCCGUCAGAAGCGCACCGGACAAGCCCGCGGCGGGGAACCGGCGCGCGAGCAUUUGUGCAAGGGCGCAGCAGCUGGAGUCAGCAGAUAGCAGUCAGACCCAUACGAGCCGCCGCCCGAUUCUGGUUGGUGUCCUGGGCGUCUGCUCGUCGCUGAUUGCCGCCAGGGGCGCCCAGGCGUUCACAAAGGCCGAGGCAAAGCGCCAGGCUGCGAUCCAGAAUUCCGAAUCCUUGCUCGAGUCUUUGCUGGAGCAGCAGGAAGUCGCAGGAGUGGCGCAGGCGACAGAGGAGGCGCCUGAGGAGAAGAGUGCAACUGAGCAGGUGCAGGUGGCACAGGCGCCUGCCGAAACUGCCGUCGCCGCGCAGAAGACCCCAGAGGCGUCAAGGGGGACCGUGGAAGAAGACGAAUACACGAAGGCCGUGGACGACUUCGUUGCAAGGAUCUCAAGCAUGUGA